UUACUGAGAGAGAGAGAGAGAAAAAUCUCAGCCCCUACUUACUUAGUAUCACUCACUCACUUCCCCCAAAGAACCCACCUUUUGCUUUUAAUUGCUUCUUUUUCUUUCUCCCUUUCCUGAAAAUCGCGCUCUCUUUUACUUGUCUUUACACCCCACACUGCACCAGAGUGAGUGAGUGGUACUAUGGCUCUGAGAUGGCCGUACUGAACAUGGCUCAGCCCAGCAACAAUGCCACUACCCAAAAACAGCAGAAGCUCAAGCUUGAAGCAGCAGAAGAAGAAGACCAAUCAGUGAACCCAAUGUUUCAUGACUUUCUGGGUAUGAAGCCUUCUACUGAUUCCCUUGUUGUUUUGGGCUCAAAAGGAGGAUCUGAUUCCAGGCUUACUGACUCCGCUUCUGCUUCACUUGGCGGAUCCUCCGGCGGUGGCCGUGGGCCCAUCUCCACCACCUCUGAUCUGGGUUCCGAAAGACAAGCUGGAAAUCAUCUCGAGGGGAUUCCAUAUUAUGGUCCGAGGAGCGAUAUUUCUGGGCCUGAGAUAAGUAAUAGAAUACUAGGCAGUAAGAGAAGCAAUUCAGACUCUACUUUUAUGGGUUCCUCCAGAGAUGGGAUCCCUCGUAUGGGUUCUGACUCCCUUGAGAGCUCACAUUUGAUGAAGAUGUUUCGAAAUGGAACUGGGGGAGAGCGACCUAGAAGGUCCAUUGACGAUGAAGCAGUCUUUACCAGCCAGCCAAUGAGGCCAACUUCUGCUAAUCUUAUAUUUCAGACUCCACAUGGCGGUAGAGUUGAUACCAAUAUUUCCAAGUGGGAACGAUCUACUCCCAUGAAUUUGGGUGGUGCGGCGCAAUACCCUCCACGAGGAGGUCAUUUUGUACCCUUCAUUCAUCAAUUACCUUCUAACAGGUCUAGGGAUGCAAAUACUGGUCCAAAUAAUAUCUCUCACUUAGCUGCUGAUGAGGGAUCUAGAACUGGUAUUAAAGGGCCAGGUAUUUUGAGUGCCAUCAAUGCUAGCAGUGGUGGUUCUGAUAGAAACUCAUCUGUGGUGCUGCCUAGCAGCAGCAGGCAAAAAUCUGGGAUUAAUACUUUAGAGCCAGAACCUUUGACUCCAAGUCGGCAUGGAUUUGCAUCUGCUAACCGGCAGAUGACCAUAUUUUAUGGCGGUCAAGCUCAUGUUUUUGAUGAUGUCCAUCCAAACAAGGCGGAUGUCAUAAUGGCCUUAGCUGGAUCAAAUGGAGGAUCUUGGUCAACAACCUACUCACUAAAACCUACCGUGAAGCCAGGUUGUGAAAGUCACAUGCCUAGUGGAGAGGUUGAAACUGGUACGGCAAGUAAUGUAGGAUUUGUACGAGAGUACCGUGGGAGGCUGUCUAUUCCUGGAAAUUCAAGUCCUGGAGCGGGGUUUGCUGAUCGGAUAUUGACACCCGCAGGUGGUCACCAGGGUAGCAAUUUAGCCAAAGAUACAAGAAACCCAGUUCAAGCUACAGAGCCCGGUUCUAAGGAAAAAAAUGAACUGUGAUGUUAAAGAGUUUUAUUUUUCAAAUUCUAGGAUACAGUAAAAAUUUCACUUUAGUAGUUGUCCAAUAUCCCAGCUUGGUCUCGGUGUUUCUAAUUUGUACAAUAUUGAUCCUAUAAUUUUGAAUUUAUUUUAGAAGCCUCCUGUUGAACCACUACUGUCACCAUUACAGGUCCCAAGCUUGAAAAUUUGAAGUGAUUUUCCUGC